AUGCCACAACUCCUCCACACCCUCACCACCCUCCUCCUCCUCCCCGCCUCCAUCAAAGCCGUAACCCUCGACUGCGACCACAUCCGCGUGGACAAGAAGUCCUUCGACCUAUCAGCACUAGCAGGCCCCAAGACUGUUCACUUCCAACAAUACCUCCCUCCAACGAUAUCCAAUACCACAUAUACAAUCGACCUCUGCAAACCCCUCAAACGCAACACCUCCAUCCCCAAAGCCGAACAAUGCCCCUCCGGCACCCGCAUCUGCGCCGUAGACGAGCACUUCAACACGAUCGAACACACACGGCAGAUCGACGAGGUGCGGACGAUAGCGGGGGAGUUCUCGACGAGUCAUGGGAAGGCGAUGGAUCCGAGGGUGACGCGGCUGAAGGAGAGUAGUAAUAAGGAUGAGGAAGGGUUGAGGAUCGAGUUGAAUGGGGGCCGGUAUCCGGAUGCGAGGGGUGGGCAGGAGCAGCGGGCGGUGUUGGAACUGAUUUGCGAUGUUGAGAGGACGGGGAAUGAGGGGUUUGAGGAGGAAGGUGAAAGUAAAGCUAUGGAUGUUGCGGCGUAUGGAGCUAUGGCGCGAAGAGCAGACGACAACGACGAUAAGGACGACGAAGACGAUGGCGAUGAUGGAGCGCCCGAACUCCCCGACCUCGACAAAGACAAAAGCCUGCAAUUCAUCUCCUACAAAACCGAAUCCGACGUGGGUGUGCUGCGCCUAACCUGGAAAACCAAAUACGCGUGCGAAAACGCCAAAGACCUGCCCUCCACGCCGGACGAAGACAAGAAGAAGAAGGGGAAAAGCGGCAGCAGUAACAGCUGGGGCUUCUUCACCUGGUUCAUCAUCGUGCUGUUCCUGCUGAUAGCGACGUAUAUCAUUUUCGGCUCGUGGUUGAAUUAUAAUCGGUAUGGAGCGCGCGGGUGGGAUUUGCUGCCGCAUGGGGAUGCGAUUCGGGAUUUGCCGUAUCUUUUGAAGGAGUGGGUGGGAGGUUUGGUGGAGAGGGUUAAGGGGGGUGGUGUGGGUGGGGGUGGGAGUCGGGGGGGUUAUAGUGCUGUGUAG